AUGGCAGAGCAGCCCAAAGCGAGAGGCGCGGUGCCUCGCGAGAAGGAGAAGAAAGGUGAGAUUUACUUUCGCGUAGUUUCGAACAAAGGUACACGUGAGCAGUUAGAGUUAUUGACAUACAUGAAGAACAUAGUAUCCCGACAUUUGCCGAACAUGGCGCUCGACUACAUUUCUCGUAUCGUAUUUGAUCCCGUCUAUCACGAGUCACUCUUAUUAAUAGCUGCCAAAGACAACAAACCCUUUGGGGGCAUCACUUUUCGCCCAUUUCCAUUACGUGGGUUUGUCGAGAUUGUGUUCUGUGCGGUCGACUCUACCGUGCAAUACAGUGGCUUUGGAUCGUUUAUGAUGCAACACCUCAAGAAGGAAAUACAGAGUCGGAAGAUCUAUCACAUCUUGACGUACGCCGACAACCAAGCGAUCGGCUAUUUCAUGAAACAAGGCUUCCACAAGCACGUGACUCUCCAGAAAGAUAAGUGGCAGGGGUACAUUAAAGACUAUGUCGAGGCGACUUUAAUGGAGUGUGUGUUACACCCCAACGUGGAAGACUACACCGACGUGCCUGCAACAAUUCAGAAGCAACGAAAGGCCAUUCAAGAACUCAUUUGUAAAGUCUCUAAAACACAGUCAUACCCCGGAUUGAACUGUUUCAAACAAGGCGUCAAGAAGAUUCGCAUCGAAGAGAUCCCGGGACUCAAAGAGGCGGGGUGGAAGCCCGAAGUCGUUUAA